AGAGAAUCUCCCAUCCCGUCCAAUCCCCAAUUUCCCCCAUUGAAGAAAUUGGUUAUUCAAAAGAAGAAGCUGCCAAUGGCGGUCCAGAAUCAUGCCCGCGACGCCCAAAAUCUGCUCAGAAGCAGGCUCUGCAACCCUAGUUUCGUAUUCAAGGCGCUCUCCGGUUCUCCGGAUAGCAAUUACAGCAAAUUGAAAUUCAUAUUAUCGAGUUCAGUUACUGAAGCAUGCAACAACUCCCUGCUGCUACUUGGGCCCCGGGGCUCGGGAAAAACUGCAGUGCUAGAGCUUGUAUUGAAUGAUUUAUUGGAAGAAUAUCCUGAUAUGAUAUCCGUGAUUAGAUUGAAUGGGCUCUUGCAUAAUGAUGACAACUGCGCCUUCAAGGAAAUUUCUAGGCAACUAUGUGUGGAGCAUCACUUGUUAUUCUCAAAGAUGGCAUCAUUUGAUGAUAACUCUCAAUUCCUGAUAGCCAUGUUAAGGGAGUGUGGAUUAGCACACAAAACAAUCGUCUUUGUGCUUGAAGAGUUUGACCUAUUUGCACAGGGAAAACAACGGUUACUUUAUAGCUUGCUGGAUGCGAUGCAAUCGAUAACAUCUCAAGCUGCUGUCAUUGGUAUUAGCUGUAGAUUGGAUGCUGAUCAGCUUCUGGAAAAACGAGUAAGAUCCCGUUUUUCUCAUAGGAAAUUGCUAUUUCUUCCUCCAUCCACAGAAAUUAUAGAAAGGUUGCUGCAGCACAUCUUACUAUUGCCAAUGGACUCAACUCUUCCAAACGAUUAUGCUACUCAAUUCAAUACAAAGCUCGAGGUUAACUUCCACAAUCCAACUAAUUAUUUCUGUUUCAAAUAUGCAAAAUUCAUGUGUUGUUGGUAUUUAAAAAGUUGCAGAGUGUUUUAGCAGAUGAAAGAUUCAAAGAGAUCCUUAAAAACUAUCUGAGUUCCAGUUCUACCAUCAACCAUCUACUGAGGUUUCUGUUUGUUGCGGUCUCUUCCAUUGAUGUGAAAUCUGGUUACCCAUCUCUUGACAAUUUCAAGACAGCACUUUCAAGUUUCCGAAGGCAGCCAAAGCAGGAAUGCAUUAAAGAUUGCUCCAUUCUGGAACUCUAUAUUCUCGCAUGCAUUAGGAGACUGGAAAGCAAGGAGCAGAAAUCCUAUAACUUCAAUUCUGUAAUGAAAGAGUAUAAAUCCAUCCACGACCAGUUCCAGACUUCUGAUGAUUAUGCGCGAAACGUAUGCCUAAGGGCAUUCGAACGUCUUUUGCAGCGCGAUUUGAUCUGUUUCUCGGACAACAGAGGACAAGGUCAAUCUGUUGAGUUUCGUCCGGUGAAGUGUCUAAUCUCGCACUUUGAGCUCCAAGAGGGGAUCAAAGCAUACCGUUCCUGUCCCAUCAUCCUCACCAAACUUUUGGAUCGUUGAACUCAAGAAGGACUAAGGGCGCCGCUGAUAAACUGCAGUCUAAUCUCGAUGGUGAAUGAUUUACUCAUUACGAAGAAAUAAGAAAGGAAACAAAUUAUUGAGAGCACAAAGCCACCAGAAUGCAACCCAGUCCCUUUUUCUAUUUCAGGUGAUACGUAUGAGAGCAAUUACUGUUUUGAGUUGUGAAAGUGAUUUGUCUCGAGUGAUUUGGGCUUUUGUUUGACCACAUUGUGAAGCCAAUUACACUCCUGGAAAAUAACUCCUUUUUUUUAGGCAAGAG